AUGCUGUCCCUGCGUACCGUUGGUGUUGGCCUUGUCUCUUCCGCGACGGCCCUCCUUAUCAUCUUGGUCAUCGUUGGACCUUCUCCGCCCAUCUCGCUGGAUGUAUUUUUCGAACCGGCUCCUAAGAUGCCACGCUUUAUCCUCGGAGACGCCGCCUAUGCUCACUUUGAUGAUGCCGCAGACGCCCUUUGGAACGACCCCGGCGCUCUCCUCCCAGCGUCUGGCGGCAGCGCGCUCGCCACCAAUAUGACCACUGGCUUCCAUUACUGGGGUCAUAUCUCCAUGUUCCAUCAUCUACGAUGCUUACGCGACAUCCGUACCCAGAUGGUGCGCCUGGCCAGAGGCGGCCCUACCACCUCCGUCAAAUAUGCCCCUGAGGAUGGUCGUCCUGGGUCGUCUUACGAGGCGCUCGGAUACUGCUUUGACUACUUAUUGCAGGGGAUUUUAUGCCAUGCCGACACCACGCCGAACCCCGUGGCUAGUAUGCAUGACGGUAAUAAGAUCGUCGACGGGAACGCUCUGUGGCAUCAGUGUCGAGACGACCGGAUACUUCGAGACUGGGCCGAUGUAUCCGGGGUUCCUCAUAAGGACUCCUUGGUGCGCAUGGGCCCAUGA